AUAUUAUUAUUAUAAAGCUGCAGGUUGAAAGAGGCACUAGUAAUUAAACUUCACUUGAUAAAAUCAAGAAGCAGAAAUGGGACUGAGAGCUAUUCCCUUUACAACUUGUCAAAAUGGUUAUUUGGGUGGUUCAGAAUAUUUCCCUAGAUGCACUAGUACUAUUCUUCCUAGCUCAAAACUUGUAAUAGCAGUUUCAGCAAAGGCAAAGAAAGAGGAUACAGAAGAACCCAAGGAAAAAAAGAAGCAAUCUUUGUUCUCAAGUGUAACAGAAGCUCUGGAUUUUUCUCAGGUUAGAUCAGCUAAAGACGCUGAGCUCAUCGAUGAAGCUAGAGAAGCAACUCAAUCUGGCGAGAGGAUGUCCAGAGAACAGUAUGGAGCUCUGAGAAGGAAGAUUGGUGGCACAUACAAAGAUUUCUUCAAGUCCUACGUUGAAGUAAAAGGGGAAUAUGUGGAGGAGGGAUGGGUAGACAAGACGUGCAAAGUAUGCAAGAAGGAUACGAGAGGAGAAGCAAGACAAGUGGACAAUUUUGGAAGAUAUGCACACGUGGCUUGCCUUGAGAAAUCCAAAUCUGGAAAUUUUUUCACCAACCUCUUCUCAAGAUGAAUUCUAUCGAGGGCCACGUAGUAAUAUAUAAUUAAUUCAUACUACUAUUUUAUUUUUAUUGUUUGUAUCUUUGUGUUCGUGGAUACCUUUUAUAAACUCGUAAAAGCACAAGAACUUUUUAUUUUUUGGUCGAAAUUUCCAAUGUCAUUAUUACAGCA